AUGUCCGGCGGACCCAUAAAUCUCAUCUCAGACACAGAAUCUGAAUCAGACUCCGAUGGCGGCAUGCAACUCGACGACCUAAACCGCGCCGACGGCAUACCAAUGCACAACAACGGCGAAGGUCUCGAACUCAGAAACGUGGACGGCAUACCAAUGUCCCGCCCUGGAUCAAGCGAUGAUGCUUGGAACGUGAAUGGAACUACAUCUGGAUCGGACACGGGAGGAUUCCGCGACCGCGCCCCGAACCCCCUCACGGCAUCAUACAAUCGCGCCGGCCAAGGCGGCACGGAGUCUCAAACCGCCUUCGAGAAAGACGCUCGCACACGCCCGCAUCUCCGCGACGAGAAACACGCCGCGCUGGCCGUCCUCAUGGACAAUGAGUUGUUGAUUACGUAUGCGCUUUCCUCGCGAGAAACAAUCCCCCAAACCCGCCGACGCUUCCUAGCAAGAUAUCUCGCGCCCAACGACCCGGACAAAGCAGAAGAACUGUACAACCCGCGCUUCUACAUCGCGCCUGACGGGGAGGGCGGGGAGGGAUCGCUUAUUCGCGGUCGGUACCGGGAGAUUAUUGGGGAUAUUGAUGAUCAUAACUGGCAUAAGCCGGGGCAUUUGAGGACCUUGGAUGCGAAAAAGACGGAUGCUAAGAGUAAGAAGAGCAAGAGUGGUUCGCGGUCUGUUUCGGUGGGGUCUUUUUCCGGUGCGAAUUCGCCGAGGGUUUCUGGGGGUGGGGAUGAGGAGAAUCUAUGA